CACACACACACACACACACACAUUUAGAGAAAGAGAAAGAGAAAGAGAGAGAGAGAGAGAGAGAGAGAGAGAGAGAGAGAGAGAGACGCACAAACCAGAUCCGCUCGGUAACUUUGUGAGUACAACUUUUUGGAGUCAACAGCGAUAAAGAGAGUGAGGGGGCGGAACCCUGCUGAGCCCCUGCGCUGAACGACAGCCAAUCGCUUCGUUCUCCUAACUGCCAGUCACCGAAAUCCGUCCAAUACCCGCAGUGCCAUUUCUAAACUGUAUUCCCCACUGUGUCCUCCAACUGUUGUAUGUUCUGCCAAUCGCUUGAGGACAGAGUGGGGAAAGGAGCAAGCAGAGUUAGAAGCCGGACAAAAGAACUUAUAGAACCCUUAUGUACAUAUUUUCCUCAUGUUUUAGAGCGCAAAAGCAGCUGCGGAGAGCGCGGAUGGACUUGUGUGUGUAAGUUAUGGAACCCCCUUUAAGCAAGAGGAACCCGGCGAUAAGAUUAGCGGAUUUGGCAGCAACUCAGCCCCUUCCUCAUCAGAAUAUGACAGGCUUCCCGGGGCUAGGGGGGCAUCACCCUCUCUCCCACCAUGCCCACCUCCACCCUGGGGAGCUGGGCAACGACCCCGGAGUGGCACUCACUCCAUUUGGACCCGAGCACAUGGCACAGACAAAUGCUCUCAAACUUAGCCCGUCUCAGCACAUUCAGAGCCAUCCCGAAGCCCAGACCGCGGCAUCUUUUACUCCUGCUCAGACCACAGUGGGUUUCCCCGUGGCUCACCCCCACUCAGGCUACUCAAGCAGCAGGGACUUCAUCCUCAGGAGAGAACUCUCAGCCUCUGCUAUGCAUGCACUUGGCGACCAGCAUAGUUCCGCCUCCUCCCCUCAUCACCAUGGCAUGUUCAUCUCGCCAACAGGUGCUUACGGGCACGCGGAAAGUGGGGCCCAUUCACUUUUCACUGGACUCCACGAGCAGGCGUCCCCGGGCGCCCACCACCACCACCAUGCCCUCAACGGGCAGAUGCGCCUGGGUCUACCGGGGGACAUCUACGGCAGGCCGGAGCACUUCGGGCACAGGCCGGAGCACUAUGGCGCGUCCUCCCUGCACAGCUACAACUCCAUGAACCUCAACGUCAACAUCGCCGCCGCCGCAGCCGCUCCUCACGGAGCCGCGGGGGCGUUUCUGAGAUACAUGCGGCAGCCCAUCAAGCAGGAGCUCAUCUGCAAGUGGAUCGACCAGGAGCAGAGCCAGAAGAAGCCCUGUUCGAAAACCUACAGCACCAUGCACGAGCUGGUCAACCACGUCACGGUGGAGCACGUCGGCGGACCCGAGCAGAGCACGCACGUCUGCUUCUGGGAGGAAUGUCCGCGGGAGGGGAAGGCUUUCAAGGCGAAGUACAAACUGAUCAACCACAUCCGAGUUCACACCGGGGAGAAACCAUUCCCUUGUCCGUUCCCAGGAUGCGGGAAAGUGUUCGCCAGGUCGGAAAACCUCAAGAUCCACAAGAGAACGCACACAGGAGAAAAACCCUUCAAGUGCGAGUUUGACGGCUGCGAUAGAAAGUUCGCCAACAGCAGCGACCGCAAGAAGCACUCUCACGUCCACACGAGUGACAAGCCCUACUACUGCAAGGUGCGGGGCUGCGACAAGUCCUACACGCACCCGAGCUCCCUGCGGAAACACAUGAAGGUGCACUGCAAGUCCCCGCCGCCGCCCCCCUCCUCCACCAACGUCGCCUACAUCUCCUCCACGAACAGCCUGGUGGGCGACCACAAUCUCUCGCCGGGCUCCGAGGCGCACCGGAACCGCUCGGCGAACCUCUCCCCGCAGGUCACCAACCUGAACGAGUGGUACGUGUGUCAGGGGAGCGGGGGUCCCAACCACCUACACACGCCGUCCAGCGACGUGCCGACGUCGGAUUCGGAGGACGAGGACACUUUCAGAGGUUCAGACCCAAGGACGAUGCUCUGAUUGCCUGUUUACAAGCCGGACCAGACUAUAAUCAACUCGGCACUGAGUUGACCCCUUUAUAAGUACUGACCACCAGAACCGACAAAUGCAGCUCAAGAGUACAGACUGUGGAUGCAAUGCAGGUUAUAUAUAUAU